GUUUAAGAGAUUAACCAAUGUUUUCUGUUGUCAGGAAUAAUUUAUUUAUCUUAUUUAGAAAAAAAACAUCAAUAAAUGAAUUAAGGCAUUGUAGGAGUAAAAGUUAUUGUGUAGAAACAUUCGUCCUAUUAAACGAUGGUACAACAAAAAACAAACCUAAACUGAUUGAAAGCAUAUAUAUGGUGUAAAGGUAGCUUAUUUGUAACAACGGAAUCAUGUCUUCUUCACAUGUAAGAGAGUACAUUAAACGUGUGGCAUCCAUUGACCAGGAACAAUAUCCAGAAUGGAAUUUACAGAAACCAUUACCAAAACUGCCUGUUCCCGAUCUCAGUAGAACAUUAGAAAAAUAUAUAGAAAUCACACAACCAAUUUUAACGCCAUCUCAGUAUGCUAAAACGAAAGACAUUGUACGAGACUUUGGAAAACUUGGAGGAGAAGGAGAAUUUUUACAAACGAAACUUAAAGAAUAUUCUGAAACUAAAGAUAACUGGGCAUACAAUUGGUGGUUAGAUGACAUGUACAUGAAAGUGCGAUUACCACUGCCUAUCAGCUCUAAUCCAGGGAUGGUGUUUCCUAAACAGCAUUUUUUAGACAGAGCUCAACAGCUAAGGUAUGCCUCAAGAUUGAUUUCUGGCAUCUUGGAUUACAAAACCAUCAUUGAUGCACGUGGAUUACCUAUUGACAGAGCUAGACACAAAGAAAAGGGACAACCACUAUGCAUGGAACAAUAUUACAAAUUAUUUACAUCAUACAGAAUCCCUGGUGUGAAGAAAGAUUCUUUAAUAUCAAACCAUACAAACUUAAUGCCAGAACCUGAACAUAUCAUUGUUAUAUGCAAAAAUCAGUUCUUUGUGUUGGAUGUUAUAAAUAAUUUUACCAGACUGAGUGAGGGCGAUCUGUACACUCAGCUAGGCAGAAUAUAUAAAAUGGCGGAGGAAAACGCAGCCAAAGCCGAACCAAUCGGUAUUCUUACCGCGGCUUACAGAGAUCAAUGGUCGAUAGCAAGGGCAAAGCUAAUGGAAGAUUCAACAAAUCGUGAUUCCUUAGAUGCAAUAGAAAGGUGUAUAUUUGUACUGUGUUUAGACAAAGGUAUUCCAUUAUUAUUUAAUCAUCAGAACAGUAUAGAUGAAACAAAUAAAAAUAUAAGAGAUGAUGUUUCUCUUGCCUUCCAAAUGUUGCAUGGCAUGGGAACAAACCUAAAUGGUGCAAACCGUUGGUACGAUAAAACUAUGCAGUUUGUGAUAUCUGAGGAUGGUGCUUGUGGACUGAACUAUGAACAUUCGCCGUCAGAAGGAAUAGCAGUUGUUCAAUUGAUAGAACACCUACUUAGUUAUAUGGAAGAGGUGCGAGCAAAAAGACUCGUCCGGAUGAAUUCCGUUUGUGAACUCGCUAGUCCAAGGAAAUUACAAUGGAAAGUAUUUCCAGAAAUCGUUGAUUCUUUUAACGUAGCUUCAAAACGUUUAGAUAGUAAAAUAGAGGAUCUUGAUCUUUACAUACUAAGAUUUGAAGAAUUUGGAAAAGAGUUCCCAAAGUCAAUGAGUAUGAGUCCAGAUUCCUUUAUACAACUAUCUUUACAAUUAACAUUUUACAAAAUUCACAAAAAACUUGUGUCUACCUAUGAAAGUGCAUCAACUCGUCGCUUCAGACUUGGCAGAGUUGAUAACAUAAGAGCCAAUUCUCCAGCAGCGCUUGAAUGGGUUAAAGCCAUGAUAGGAGAAGUGUUGGUGUCUGAUAUGGAGAAAAUGGUACUUUUACGCAAAGCUAUGCAAAAACAAACCGAAAUCAUGACUGAGAAUAUUUUGGGCCAAGGAACAGAUUGCCACCUUCUUGGUUUAAGAGAAAUGGCAGUAGAGUUAGGACGUCCUGUUCCAGAAUUAUUCCUUGAUGACGGGUUUAGGAUUGCCAACCACUUUUCACUAUCAACGAGUCAGGUUCCAACUACUAUGGACGCAUUCAUGUGUUAUGGACCCGUUGUACCGGAUGGAUACGGUGUGUGUUACAAUCCACACCCUCACAAUAUUCUUGUUUGCAUCACAUCUUUUAAAAGUCAUUCGGAAACAAGAUCUGAUUAUUUUGCAUAUACAUUAGAAAGCAGUUUCCUUCAAAUGCAGGAACUCUGUUUGAAAACGUCGGAAGCAGCACGUCCACUGCAGGCCGUACAAGAAAAUUCACAUCAUACUCAAAAUACUACAGACAUGCGUAACGGAAGUGUUACUCGAUUACAUAAUGGAGAUUGUCAUGGAUCUCCUAGUAGAAGUCCUAGACAUUUAUCCAGAUCAAAACGAGUUGGAAGUUCAAGUAAUGAAAUUAAGACUCCAAAAUAGAGUUAUGAAAUGAAAGCAUAAAUUGUCUACCAUAGCAUCAUUGAUACUAAAUGUAUUUGUUAAAUGUUAAUAGGGGAUUUUGUAAAAAAUGAUUUAAUAAAUGUUAAAAAAAAGUUUGAAAAUACAAUGUACCAGUAUUCACUAUUGAUAAAAUAUGAAAAGAGACGCAGGGACAUGUCCAUUUUGAGUAAUCAAUCAGAAUUAAUGUUUUGAAUUAUUCAUAAGACAAAGAAAGUUGCACUCAACUUCUCGUCAAUGGAAUCUUAUAUUUUCUGUAUUGAGUAAGUAUGAGUUCAGCGUUCAUACGAAUGCUAUUUACAGAAAACAACAGAUUCUUCAAUAUUACUGGGGUUUAAUUUUUAAAUAGCAUAUAAGAAAAAAAAAUACAUGCAUUCAAGGCUUUAAAAAAUGCAAACCUACAAUUUUUCUUUUAUCUAAGACGAAAAUAUUGGUUUUACGACUUGUAGUGUUACAAUCAUUAGAGAAUGUAGAUAUUUCUUUGUUAUACUAUAAUAAUCUGUGAUUUUCCAUCUGAUGAAUGUUUUGUUGUUUAAUGGACUUACGUUAAAUUUACUGACGACUGUGAUAAGUACAUAUUAAUAGGCAUAUUUAUCCUCUUCCGUUCUUUACGACACAACACAAAUUAGAUACACACUUUUUUAUGGUGUAUUAAAUAACAAGAAAGAUUUUUAAUAUACUUCUCUAUUAUAUGACAUAUAACGUCAAAUACGGAGUACAAUGGUUACAAAUAGAAUAGAUAAUAACACACAAUAUAUAAUAGCUUCCAGUCAAGUUGCUCUUUGACAAACACCGAAAUGUAUAACUCUUACAUGUAAUUGUUUUGGUACGUACGAAGCGCUUUUCUGGAACUACCUUUAUUAAGAACUCUCAAACGAAAAUAACCAUACAAAGAAUAGUUAAAUCCUGUAAGGUCAACAUUGCCCUUAGGAGUAUGUUAAAUGUUAUAGCAUAUAAUAGAAAAGCAAAUAAAAUACAAAUUAUUCAAUGUUUGAUACAAUUUAGGGGUAAUCAAAUUGCAUACAACAUACCAUCUCACUAAAUGCAUGGUCUUUUUUUUUAUAACACAUAUUUCUGGUAAACUAAAUAUAAAGACAAAAGGCAAAAGUCUUGUUAGGUUAAUCUGUUGCUAACUUAAAUAAUAUUGAUUUUGUAGUUUUCUUAAAACAAAUCAAACUAUAGUUAACAAUUGUGUACAGUGAAAUUUGAAAAUCCUAUUAUUUGGUAUGUGUGAUUGUCUAAACUAUGAUCAUUGAUUUAUGUGCUACAAUUUGUGAUUUUCGAAACAAAUAAGACAAAAGGUUACCGAUUCAGAAUUUCUUAUUAUCUAAAUUUGCCUAUACAUGCUUUGUUGUACAUUUUUACCUACAUGAAAACACAAGAUCUGUGUGUGAUUUGCAAGUUUUUGGGACAAAGGAAGAAGAAUACUUUGCCGCUUUUGUACUCCUACCAAAUGACCAAACAUGUAAGAUUCAACUCAAAGUCAUAAUUUUAGGUAAAUUCGCCAUUUCAGUGAAUUAAAAAAAGGGGACAGUCAAACUCAUAGAUCUGUCAUAACUGUCAUUGCAUAUCUGUAUAUAACCCACGAAAAAGAUUAUUCUAACCAAAACUACAUUUUUUCUGAUUCUUUUAAUUUAAGUAUCGAUUUGACUGCAGCAUGCAACUUUUAAAUGUAAAUUUUGGCCAUGGCGUUGUCAGUUUGUUUUCGAUCUAUGAGUUUGACUGUCCCUCUGGUAUCUUUCGUCCCUCUUUUAAAUAAUUAUUUUGGAUUGUGAUCGAUAUUAAUUAUUGCAAAUGAAUGUGGAUUUUGUAGUUUACAGAAUUUUAUGGGUUUAUCUGGUGGAUGGUGAACAAUUCAUAUUCGAUAUACAAUGUAUAUUGUUAGACAAUGUUAUUUAUUAGAUUUAUUAAUAAAAAAAAUGCCUCGUGGAUGUUUA